UAUCUUUCGAUUUGAAAGUACAGAUUGUAAAUAAAUAAAAUGAUAGUAUAGUGAUUAUGACUGCGGAAACUGGUUUUCUAUCGGAAAUGAAUUAAAAUUAAAUCUUCUAUUAAAUCGUCGAUUUUUGAACGUGUGCAAUUUUUUUAAAACUAUUUUUUAUAACAAGAAUAAAUAAAGUGAAAGUUGAAAACGAGAAACUUGCCGGGGAAUAUAAAAAAAAAAGAAUAAAAUGACUCGAAAGAAAAAUCCUAAACGAUUUCAUCAACAGAGAAAUAAUGGGUCUAAGAAAAAUGAUCAAUCACCUUUUUCUUUACUCUCGCCUGACGCUGAAAGACAAAAAUUUCUUCUCAAUUCCGCAGGAAGAACUCCAGUAAAAACACCAAAUAGUUUUUAUUCCGAGUCGAGGAGAAAAAAUCAACAAACACCAUCAAAUGAUUUAUUUCACACACCUUUUAAAAUGGACGAUCUCGAUAAUCUCUUUAGUCCUAGACCAGUGCCAAAAAUUCCAAAAUUGAAAUUAGAUUUCGAUAUGCCAGAAAAUGAUUCUGAUAAAGAGGAUUUUGCAACUACAAUUAGUGAACCUAUUGUGAAACAAUUAUCAGAAGAGUGUAAUAAUGUGAUCUCCACUCGACUUGAAAAUAGAACAAGUGAAUUGAACGAAGAGUCAAAAAUUAAAAUAAAUGAAUAUGAGAGCGGUUACGACAGUAAUUCUCCAACAAAUAAAAAUUUAUCUACAUUUUUUGACGAAGAAAAGUUUUCCAUGGUGCAAAAACUAGAGGUUAAUAACAAUCACGAGAAUCGAAUUUCAUGUGCAAUUAAAUCUCAGACUGAUUUUUUAAUUGUACCAGACUGCCGAGAAAAAUUAUCAGAGAAAAUCGUCUCACUGACACCGAAAAAAUAUUAUUACAAUAUCUUUGAACAAAAUUCACGAUUUAUAUUGUUUAGACAAUCAAUGUUAAUCAUUAGAAAAUUAACAAUACCUUUCCCAAAGGUAACCGAGAUUUGUUCGUGGAUUUCAAUCAAAUUUUGUGAUUUCUUGAAGCAGAUUUUCAUACAAGGACCAAAGAAUUUAAUUUCUCGAAUUGUUUCGCAAUCAAAUUGUACAGCGUCUGUGGAGAACAAAAAUUUCAAUCAAAUUCUUUCUGUCAUUAAAUGUGAAAAUGAUAAAAAUUUAAUGGUUUUUUCCGCGACAGUGACAAAUUUCUCCGAAAGACUAAAUCAGGUGCAAAUAUCCAGUGAAAUUUCGAUAAAAACUCUGACGAAAGAAGUAACGAUUCUUCGCGAUGCCAACGAAAAACUAGUACAAAAUAGUUCAGUUCUAGUCGAAGAAUUAAAAAAUUUACACGAAACUCUAAAAAAUAUGCAAAUGACUUUCAAGUCUUCUUUACCGCUGCCUCCUUCAUCAUUAACUCAAAAUGUUUCUUCCUCGAUACCUCCUCCUCCACCACCACCACCUCCAUUUCCAACUUCUUCGAUUCCCUUUAUUCCUCCUCCACCUCCUCCUCUUCCCAAAUCUCCUUUUUCCCGACAAAAUACGCCAACUCCUAAAAGCAGCAAAAAACACAAAAAGAAAACACCUGCAAAGAAAAGCUCAUCAACUUCUUCAACCAGACCCAGUAUUACAGUCGAAGAUUUACUGAAAGUCACUUUGAAAAAAGCUCCAAACAACUCAAAGGAGAAUACAAGAAGAAAUUCAUUUCCGAUUCAAAAGGGACCACUCGUUUCCCUAGAUAUGUUGCAAAACGUCAAACUACGAUCAUCUAGAAAUAGACCCAGUGAUUUAAAGACGAAAUCUUCUCCCCGCAAUCGAUCGGUGGCUCUAAAUAAUCAAUCAAAAUCAAGUCCAAAAAUGUCACCCACAUCGUCGAAAUCAGAAAAUCCUCUAAAUAGAAUACUAAAGAAUGUUGAUCUAAACAUACCUCAGAGGAGAAAAUCAUUUCUUUGUUAAAAAUUGAUUUAAUUUACAGAAAAAGAGCGCGCACACACACAGUAUUAUUGACUCUGGUUAAAAACCUAGAUUUCUAAAAAAAUAUCGACGAUUUAAAAAAUAGUUUUUUCAAAAAAAAUUUUCACUCUUGAGAAUACGAUUAAAAAUCGUUUAUCUUCACGAGGACUAAUUUUUUGUUUCUUCAAAAAAUGUGAAAUAAACACAUUCAAUAAAGUAAAAUAUUUGACAGACA